AGACGAUAUCUGAAAAUCGUAGUCUACAGCCGAGUUUGUAAUCUCCCUGAACAUCAGUCACGUUAGUUGCCAGGGUAGGAAUUUUAAAACGUAUCAAUUUAUUAGGAUACAAAGCACGAGAGGAUUUAUGUACCUGGAUUUACACAGCCUAUAUUUGGACUGCGUCUAAAUGAACGGCAUAUCCUUGUUUAUGGUUAAAACCCGGAGUAUUAAAUUACACUUAACCAUGGUAUACGAAUGAAGUCACGUGCAUUUGUGAGGUCUCACAAACGUUAAUCUAGCCGAACGAAGAUUUGAGGAAAGAUGGAAAAUUCCAGCGGUAUGUUGUUUCCAAUCGGUUUACAUUAUCACAACCCCUUUCAUGUCAUGUUGAAAAGAUUUUCAAGCGUGUUAAAACACUUGAAUGUAUUUACUCUAUCAAAAAUACUGAAUUUGCAUACAGUGUAUUUUCAAAUGAAAGGGUCGGGAUAUGAUGAGAUACCCGUGUUAUGUUAAGCAAAUAUAAUCUAUGCAGUGAUCAGAAAAUGUUUGAGAAUAUUUCAGUUCAUUUGAAACUAUAGACAUGCCCUGACAUACCCCAAAUCAAAACGUCCCUUUCUUGCUGUGGCUCGUGGUGGCGCUGCCGAGUCACAUGCGUUUAAUACAUGAGUUUAUUUCCUGCUCGGCUUCCGUCGCAUGAAUGACGUUUCCAAAACUCAACUUCCUGUUACUUUGGUAAGUCCCGUUGUUGUUGUUGCUACGAGUUAACGUAAAUGAAGUAAGCUGGCGAAGUGGCAAAAACAAAUAACGAUUAAAGAAAAGUAAUAUAAAAUCGAGGGGAAACGAUGGCGGAUAUAAAUAGACAACUUAAGGAAUAUUUGGCACAGUCCAAAGGUUCAAAGACAACAUCGCAGUCCAGCUCAAAUACCGUUGUCGACAUGGGUGAGGAAACGAACUCGGUGACCGGCAGUUGGUUUGGGAGCUGGUCAAGUCCAUUUUCGGGUAACGGCAACGGUAGCGGAACAGGCCAAGGUUCUAACACCGGCUUUUCCUGGCCCUGGUCCUCUGAACCGGACCCGUGUCUGCCGGGCUUGAGCCGUUCGCAGAGACUGGUUGCUUUUGGAGUGUGCAUUCUACUAUCUGCGCUCUGUUUUGGACUCUCGGCUCUCUACGCACCUCUGUUGCUCCUCAAAGCCCGGAAGUUUGCUCUUUUGUGGUCUCUUGGGUCAGUUUUCGCCCUCCUCGGCGCGGCCGUAUUGCGGGGUCCCAGCAAAUUCAUAACGACUCCUACUCCGGGCGCCGCGGUGUAUCUGUGCUCCCUCGCCGGCACGCUGUACGCUGCGCUAAGCCUCCACAGUACGCUGCUCACAGCCCUUGGUGCAGCUCUUCAGAUCGCCGCAAUUGUCGGAUACGUCGUUGCUUUGCUCCCUGGCGGAAGCAAGGGCAUAAGAUUCGUCGGCGGCUUGGCAGCAUCUGCUAUCAAGAGGACGGUUUCAGGGAAGACGAUGCCGAUUUGACACUGAACAUACUGGACCAGCUUGAUGGCUAGUGGACUUGAUAUGGGUUGUUUGCCCUGCUAUAUACACCACACAAACGAGGGCAGCCAAAUAAUUCAGUCUUUGUUUUCUGUGUGUUGAAAUCACCGUUUGGGAUGGAGAGCUUUUUUGCUCGCAAGGUAUUGCUGCAGAACAUAGGCAAAGCGUUUUCAAUAUUCCACUUGCCCUCGUUGAGUAGGACUAAAAACGACAGCCAUUCGUUCGGUUAUGGGUUAAUAAUCUUAAGGCGGGUGCGCGAUACAGCUUCGAGAAAGAGGCUGCACUACACAGGACUGCAGAAUUCAGGGCAUUUAAUACAAAACUGUGACAAGAAAAAAGGACAAUAUUUGACGGAAGCCACUGAUAUGUAACUUACCAUACGCGCAAUACAAUGAAUUCCAUGUUCAGAAAGUUCUACGUUAUUUUAACUACUUACAGUUCUCAAACUGCAUAUUCAAUAAAAUCCGACAAAAUGGCAGAAUUCCAUCAAGUUUUUGGUGAAAGAAGUUAAUGUCUCCAUAGGUGCAACAGAUUUGCGGUAUGAAGGAUCAGGGAAAUCUGUAAGGCACUGAGGUUUUUAUAAAAUCAGGAAUACAUUAAAGCACCUGAUGGACCAUGAUUUGUUAUGAUCUAAACAUCAGUAACACCUCAUGUUUUGUUUAAAAACAAGAACUUGGUACACAUAUUUUAAAGAGACAUGCACAAGGAAUAACUUUCCAUUGAAAACCGAAGUCACACCAGUCUCUCACACAACCUGUGUCCUUUGAGGCAGUGGUCUUGGCUGAAGCAUUGGCUUUGGCUUCAGUGAAACCUGUGUUACCAACUGAUCUGGGGAGACACCUUAAACCUGUCCAACUGGUUAAUUGUGGAUAAUAAAAUAAUAAAAGCAA